AUGAGGCCAGCGACUCUCCCUAAUAAGCAAUUGCUUCAACAGCGUUCGCAUGCUUCACUACGAGCGGCAACCGCACGUGGCCCUCUGCGCGUUUGGGCAGUGGCGCAGGUUCCUAAAGGCCCAACCCAGCAGGAUGAACCCAAGGCCCCAAUUGAAGCUCCAGUAGCUGCGCCCUCUAAACCACCAUCGGUGAGAGGAACUGUGUUCUUCACAAGUAGUCUGGACAGCGUCUCGACGGAUGACGAAUGCAGUGCCUUCAUCGACCGCGACGGAGACUUCGUCGAGGUUAUGUGCUGCGACUAUGGUUUCAGGACGGGCGCCUCUCGUAUGUACUCCAAGGAUGCGGACGGCCGCAUUCCCCGCACCGCCUUCCAACUGGCCUGGUCAAAUUUCCAGGAGGAGCUUCUGGCUUUGCGCCAGUCCUUCCGCUUCGAUGACUUCGCCUCCAUCGCAGAGGCCAACCCGCCGCGCACCGUUCUGGGUCGGGCGGCCUAUGGGUUGGGGCAGGCAGUGGUGGACGGCUUUGGAGCCCUGGACCGAGCGCUGGAGAAGGGCCAGGUCCUGGAGAAGCUCCAUCCCCGCCCACUCACCGUGGACGUGAAUGGCGAUGGCACAAAGCUCAUCAACGAAUGCAAGGCGAUUCGUUCCAAGCUCAAGCAGUUGAAGCUAAGCAACCAGGCGGUGUGGGACCGCGAGCAUGCGCGUGAGCGUGCCGGCCAAGCGGUGGAGACCCCCUGGUUUAUUAAGGGCGUCUACCUGUCUCUCUGUGUGUUGCUGGACGUGUUGUUCAACAAUCGUCCCAUCCAGCGAUUCUGGUUCCUUGAGACAGUUGCGCGCAUGCCUUACUUCUCAUACAUCUCCGUUCUGCAUCUGUACGAGUCGUUUGGCUGGUGGCGCGCGGGUGCGGAGCUCCGUAAGAUUCACUUCGCGGAGGAGUGGAACGAGCUGCACCACCUGCAGAUUAUGGAGUCUUUGGGUGGCGACAAGCUAUGGUUUGACCGCUUUUGUGCACUGCACGCCGCCGUGGUGUACUACUGGAUUUUGCUGGCACUGUACGUCUUCUCGCCGGAGCUGGCGUACAACUUUUCAGAGCUGAUUGAGGCUCACGCGGUGGACACAUACGGGGAGUUCGUGGACGCCAACGAGGAGCUGCUCAAGUCCCUGCCGCCCCCACUGGUGGCCGCCAUGUACUAUCGAUCUCAGGACUUGUACAUGUUUGACAGUUUUCAAACAUCGCAGCCGCUGAAGAACCCGCGGCGGCCCCCUUGCAAGAACUUGCACGACGUGUUUUGCAACAUCCGAGACGACGAGCUGGAGCACGUGAAAACGAUGCGCGCGUGCCAGGACGCAACCGUGCAACAGGAUAUCGUCAACCGCCGGGAGGACGGACCCCGCAUUGGCCUAUGA